GCACUCCACCACUGCCCCAUCUCUGCUUCUGGAGGGAGCGGCUCGCCGGAGCGGCGGCUGACGACGAGGUGAGCACAUAUCCCCUUGCUCGAUGUAAUGCUUUCUCGCACGUAUUGGAUGCAUACUGAUGGAGUGUUCUUCGUUAUUGUCCCUUUUUUCCUUUCUUCGUUCUUGGUUGUUGGAGCUUAGAUGUCUAGCCGUCCACGUUGUAGCCAGGUUUAUGAGUCUAGGAAGAAAGGCCUUUACCCAAGAAGUGCAGUAGACAGUUCUUUCGCUCCAAAGGAUGUGUACGAGGUGGCUGCUCUUUUUAGUGAUGCACAGAGAUGCAGUAGGCGAGAUUGGUCUCGUGGGGAUGCUAGAAGUAGCCAACAUAACUCAUGUGGAUCGGGAGUACUGCUGGAGUUUAUUCCUAGAUGUAGACCUUAAGCGUGGUGCGCUCAAGAUAGAUGAUGAUGUUUACGUCACUUUCAACGAGGUUGACAUCCACAACAUCUUAGGGAUUGCACUAGGUGGAGACAUAUUAAUAGAAAUAAGAAAUGUUCCACCUUCAAUGGCACAGGUAACGCAGAUCAGAGAGUACCUAGGGUUGUGCCCGUCGAGCUUUUACGUAACCAUAGGCGACAUUAGGUGGGCUUUGAAGAAGCCAUGCCAAAACCCAUUCUCUGAAGCCGAUAAGACCAGGACCCAGGUUGGUUUUGCCAUGCUUUGCAUGGCAACUUCUUUCAGUCCUAGGGAGAAUAGGCAAACUGUCCCAACGGAGGCGUAUGCUAUUUGCAUGGACCCGGCUAACCUGCACAGGGUGAACUGGGGUAGAUACGUGCAUUCUGAGCUCAUCGGCGGAGCCGAGAAGGCACAUGAAAUACACAGGGAAGGGAAGAGGCCGCAGCUGUACGGGUGCCCACUAGUGUUGCAGGCAUUGCGUUUCCACUCGGUUGACACUGGUACAGCUGUCAAGCCUGAACCGCUUGUGCGUCCCAGAAUAAAGUUCUACACUGCCUUUAUUUUGUCAAGACUGAUACACAAAGAUACCGUCGUUGGGAGCGUUCCGAAGAGAUACGGUGUGAUGAAGGCCAGGCGUAUGGCAGACCAAAGCUUGCCAUGGAACAGCCAAAAUCUUAGGAGCAAAAUCCAGGAGGCCAAGGCUUUCAUAGAUAGAUCACUGAAAGAGCACGCAUUGGCUAGUGCUGAGCGCAAUACCUUGUUCUUUCAUAAGUUAAGUGCACUUAACGACGGAACAAUUACCUGCAUGAACGAAAACAUGCACACAGAGAUUGAAAAGCACCUUGCAAACGAGAGGGUGAUGACCAUGCGCCACAUGCAAGCUUUGCUCCAGUACGUGGAGGGGUUGGGCCUGGGUGAAUCAGUAAUAGAGCUUAAAAACCAAGUGAUUGCAAGCGCUGCACAAUCAGGCGCCUACCAGGGGGGUGCUUCCGGGGAAGGAUGCAGUGGAGCGCAAGCAGGCGAACCUGACGAAAUGAUCCCCACGGCUGGCGUCCUGCGUCCUGUUGCCGUCCGUCCAGCGCCAGUCGCUCCCGCGAGCUCUGCCCAUGGCAACGUUGAGCACGUCGAGACAGGUUCGUUCUUUCUGCUGCCUGGUCAGCCAGACGCCACCAACCGCACCGGUCCAGUUUUGCCCGGUAUGCCAAUAUACAUGUCCAUGGGGUCUUUUGGCCAGUUAUAUCUAGAUGGUGGAUUGGAGAAUGUUGUGCAGCCUGUCCGGGGUGGCCAGCAUGAUCUAGGGUCUGGGAGCCAGACCGGUGAAAAUAUGGGUAUCGUGCACCUGGGGAAGAGGAAAGAGAGGGACGUGGAGGAGACGAACGAGGUCAUUGUUUACCAGGGUAGACGCGCAGCUGUCCGUGAGCUAAACUUGCUGGCGGGAUUUGGUGUGAAGUCGAUGGGGGGAAGAUCGUUAUGUCGACGGAGAAUGGUGUCUCACCAUUCCGCAUCCCUGAAUUCAAUUACGAAUUCGUGUCCCCUCUGGUCGCCCACGCCGCGUGGGUAAAACUGCAGUAGUUAGCCCCAGAUGUAAUGAACAGAGUCUGGGUCGAUGCACAGGGGCCACCUCAUGUGAAAAUGACUGGAUAUGAAAUUUUUGAAAACUUUUGUGAGACAAUGGAUGACAAGGGUUUCGAAGUUGCAAACAUGAUGAUGAGGGAACAAGAUGCAAGGUGGUACGAGCCUUCAGACAGGGCGCGCUUCCGUCACCCAAUGCCGCCAUACUUUGCGUCCCGGAUCAUGGAGGGAGGCGACAGUUUCUUGAGCGAUCCUUUAAUAAAAAACUUGUUUGUUGGGGAGCAUCGAUAUGAUGUGGAGACAUGCCGCCUGAUAAAUGUGCCGUUGAAGGAAGAGGGAGGUUUCCAUGUGCUAUAUGUUUUCGAUAUGCUGAAGAAAAUUGCACACCUUAUGGAUCCGAAGCGUACGCAGUGGAAUCUUCUCGAGCUGGAGAGGAAGCACGCACAUGUCAUAGACAGAUUGCUGGUUGCGCUAUGCAAGUGCAUUGACAAGUUCUUCAAAGGGUGGCACGUCCGAGAGGAUGAAUUCAUAAGGAAGGCUCACCGGCUGAUGCAUGAGCCAUCGAACAGGACGAGAUGUUGCAAUUCAAGCAGAAGCUCAUGAUGCUUGUGCUUACCAUGCUAGCUAACAACGCCCUGCCUCCAGCCACCGUCGUCAACCCACAUGUCUGAAGCCUCUCCGGUUAUCAAAUUCCCCGUUUAAGAAUGCCUGCUGGCCCUAGUUUGUAAUUUGAACACCAAAUAUUAUUUGUAUAAUUAGAACUACCCAUGCCAAGAGGUUUGGUCACCAGUGCACUCGCCUUCAUGGUGAAUGGCACCGUUCGGGCACAUGUGCCGUAUCUUCAGUUUGUAUAACUGAACACCAAAUAUUAUUUGUA